AUGGCAAAACAGCGGGCGGCAAAGGCCUCUACACUGGUAGAGUCUACACCACACAAGAAACGCAAUGGAGGUACUAAAAAGGGGCCCAUUAUCACUGCUUCACGUCAGGAUGCUAGGUGUAAAAGAUGUCCGGGAAGGCCUUUGCGGUCGCAGUGCAUCCAUACCAAAAAGGGGCAGCAGUAUAUUGCGGAACAACAGGCUUUACAGAGUCUGCGUGAACCUAGUGUGGAUGCGAUGGAACGUGGUUCUGCAAGUGCUUCUGAAAACGAUGAGAGGCCUGAAAUUUCUGCACCACUGACAGGUCCAGAAGAUCACCCUACCUCCAGUGCUUCUGCAACGGUACCAAGCACAACGUUUCCAUCUAUUUCCGCGCCCGGAACCCCAACAAGCUCGUCGUUGCUCCAGGAAACUGCGUCAAUUUUAUCAAUGACCUCAAGUAGUUUGGCCCAGUUAACAUUGCGAACUCGUACUACUCCUUCGCACCCUAAGCCACCUAGAACAAGUGCUCAGAAUCCGUACCAUGGAUAUGUGCAGGGCGCACUUCGUGGGACUGAGGUAUAUCAAAUUGUUCGAGGCCACAGUUUGCCGUCACCCAUAUCCGAAAACACUCGACUGGUAAAGCAGUUCACAAAUUCCAUCAAUGCAAUCGUUGAAAAGUGUGAAGGCCUGUCCAAACAAACCGGUUGCUGGCUGUUUAUUGGAGCACAACAUGCCACUGCUCGCUCUGGCGCAAUUAGCUACGCUUCUCCGCGUCUUCGAAGAGAUGCAGCAGCUCAAGCCGGCAAUAUUGGGACUCAAUUUUCUUCCAUCACCCGGAAUUUGAUCCAAGCUCGUAUCCAGGACAAUGUUAAUCUCCAGCAGCAGUUAGAGGAAUCUCGUCGCCACGCAGAGGAGAUGGAGCAUGCAAUAGCAGCAGAGCGUGACAGCCAGCGUUUGCUUUCUCAACAGUUGGCUCGGUAUCAGGAGCUUCAUGGUUUACUCCCUAGCUAG